AUGGUCCAUACUGAUCUCUUGACCUUUCCUGUGUGGGAUUCUGUUGCAUGCCCUCCACCCACUCCUCAGUAUCUUCUCCACGCUCCACUCCUGGAUGCCCUGUGUCCUCCUGAGAGCAUCACUGCUCCGGCCGGCACGGCAGCCUGCCUUAAACUGGCACUGGCUCGGGAAAGGCGGCCUGGAAACUCUCUUUCUUCACCUCAUUUCUGGGCCCAGCCCAGCAGAGAAACAUCGAGGCACCGAGUUUUUACAGAAGGAAUGCCUUCGGACCCUGGGGAUAAAACGGGCCUGGAGAGUCUUGGGAGCCACUGGCCCGCAAAGCCCCAGCUCCGACUGCCCUUGCACUCUCGGCCUCUGCGGCACCUGCUGGACAUGAGCGUCGGAGCGCGUUCCCGCGCCCCCAGCCCCUGGCGGGGCGCACGGCGGCUGCUCCUGGGGCUGCUGCUCCUGCCAGCUGGGGUCGCCCUCCGCACAGUGGACCUGGAAGGAGGAGAUGAGUACCUGCGCUGCGUGUGUAUGAAGACCACCUCCCUAGUCCGUCCCAGGCACAUCAGCAACCUGGAAGUGAUUGGAGUCUCAGACCACUGCCCCACCCCCCAGAUGAUAGCUUCGCUGAAGGAUGGGAGGAAAAUAUGCCUGGACCCGAAUGCCCCCCUGUACGAGAAAAUAAUCAGGAAGCUUUUGAAGAGCUAGCUACUUAGCUGCCUAACUCU